GAUGAUAAGGUAUGGUAUGGCAGUCAGCAAAGUAAAGCCAGCCCAGCAGUUUAUGUUUGGUAAUUGAUAACAGUUAUCUAAUACAUGCCUAUUUUUUAAGUUUCUGUUUAAACAACGCAGAAGCUAUUCACAUCAAAUAACAAAAUAAAACGUUCUAAAUAAUGUAUCCGCGCUGUGGUAGUAGUGGUUCUAUUCAAAACAUUCAUCAGACCCCGUCUUCAUCAAAUCAUAAUUCUGAAGACGAAGAUGACAGUGGUGACAAUAAGGCUUCAGCAUUAAGUUUCAAAGAACGACGGAGAGAAGCUCACACACAGGCGGAACAGAAAAGAAGAGAUGCUAUUAAAAAGGGCUAUGACUCAUUACAAGAAUUAGUUCCGACUUGCCAACAGACAGAUGCUUCAGGAUAUAAACCAAGUAAAGCAGCUGUGCUACAAAAGUCAAUUGACUACAUACAAUACUUGCUGCAACAGCGUCGUCGACAGGAGGAAGAACGGAAUGCUCUGCGCAAGGAUGUGGUUGCAUUACGCAUAAUGCAAACAAACUAUGAACAAAUUGUAAAAGCUCAACACUCUGUGCCUGGCCACAACGAACAGAGGCUAACAGAUCAGGAUAAAUUCCAAGUUUUUCAGGGUAUAAUGGACAAACUCUUCGACUCGUUCGAGUCAGUGCCUACAAACAACUUUGCUGAGUUUUCUGGUGGGGUGUUCAACUGGCUGGAGGAGUACUGCAAGCCUCAAUCUUUGAGAACGAUGGUACACGAUGUCUUGCGUGAACAAAAUUUUACUCCCUGAUUAUUUUGUUUUACUUGCUUGAUUUUAGUUACUUUGUACACAGUUUGAUGCCAAGGGACGUAUAUAUUCAUAUAUAGUUGGAGUUAAAAUAUGUAGUGUGAUCUAUGAUUCUUAGAAAAAAGUGAUCGGGGGGGGGGGUCAAAAUAAAAAUAUGUCUAUAAUGUAUAAAUAAAAGUUUGUUCGCAAAUCGAAUUAAACACUAAAAACUGUGUGCAUAAUAAACAAGCAAGAUAUCCUUAGUUUUCAAUCACCUGUUAAUUUUUUUAUUUUAUAUGUAAAGUAAAAGACAUUUCUAUAAUGUAAACAAGCUUUUACCAAAAAGAAAAAUAUAUAAACUUAUAUGUUUAUUUCAACAACAGACUUAUUUUCGACGUUACACGUUCUGUACAUUAUACAGAGAUAAUGUAUUAUAUAUAAUAACAAUGUUGUAAAUAAUUUUGAUAUCUGUACAUAAAAUACAUUUAAUUUUCGAUAUGAAAAUAUAUAGUUCCGUCUACUUUUGACAUGCACCUUGUUCUAAGGAAAAGAAUGUGUAAAGAAUAAUUUACAAUAAUUUCUUAUACAAAUUUUAAUAUUACGAGUUUACAAAUGUUUACAUUAAUUCGUGACAAUAUUAGUGCCUUUAUACAUAGUUUGCCUUGUCAAAUAAAAUAUUGAUAUUGUUUUCAAA